AUGUCGAGAGCAGCCAAAGCCACCUUGAUAGGCUCCGUCCUCGUCUCUGGCCUGACGGUAUGGGGGGUCCACUUCAUGCAGACCAAAGAACGAGAGGUCAUGUACCGCGGCGUGCAACGGGACGAGGCGAGGCAGGCGGAAAAGAAGCGCCAGCGCCAGCUCGACCUCGAACUCAACCAAAAGCGCGAGGAAGAGUACCAGAAGAUGCAACCCACCGCCGCUUCUUCGACGACGACAGCAGCAGCGGCAGCGGGGUCCGGGUCAUGA